UCGGCUUACAGAGCAGUAUGGUGCACAGCGUGCCAUGCCGUCUCCCAUCCCGCUGACCCGCCUGCUGCCCAAAGACUUCUGCCCCUUUCUGGACACGGGGCCCUGCAGCAGCCCGCUGACUAAGCACGGCUCCACCUUACAAGUGCCCGCUCAGCGGCUCCAUGGCCGAAUCGCCACUCGGCUUUGGUCCUCGGUUAUCCACUGGAAGCAGCUGCGCUCCGUGCAGCCCGUGGGCUCGGGAGGCUUCGGCUCGGUCGACCAGGCGGAGUACUUCGGAGAGACCGUGGCGGUGAAGAAGGUCAACAGGUCCACCAAGAACAAGCUGGCGUCCCAGCAGAGCUUCUGGGCCGAGCUGAACGCGGCGCACCUGCGCCACGCCAACAUAGUGCGCGUAAUAGCUGCCACCACCUGCGUCCCGCCACAGUGUGGAGACGAAGGCAGCAUCGGGGUAAUACUGAUGGAGUUCGUGGGCAGAAGGAACCUCCAGCAGGUCAUUUACGGUGGCACGGAGCCGCUGGGACAGCACAGGUGCGUCAGGUACUCGUCGGACAUCGUUCACGGCCUGAGGUUUCUCCACUCCCACGGCGUCGUGCAUCUGGACAUUAAACCAGCUAACGUGCUGCUGACCAGCGAGGACGUGUGCAAAAUCGCAGACUUCGGCUGUUCUCUCAAACUGGACCCUGGCUGUGAGGUCAGCGCCGCGAGCCACCAGCCUCUCGUGGGUGGCACGUACACGCACAGAGCCCCAGAGCUGCUCAGAGGCGAGAGGGUGACUCCUAAAGCGGACAUCUUUUCUUUCGGCAUCACUCUGUGGCAGCUUCUCACCAGAGAGCCGCCCUACACCGGCGACAGGGAGCACGUCAUCUACGCGGUGGUGGCUCACAAUCUGCGGCCUCCUGUUCAGGACCACCAGGUGUUCCGGUCGGAGCCGGGGAGGCUGUUUCGGGCUCUGCUGAGCCGCUGCUGGAACGGAACGCCCCCCUGCAGACCCAGCGCCCAGGAGCUGCUGUCGUCCCUGGAGCAGCUGCAGCCACAGACCUGAUUCGAUCUCCGAAGCUGCGCACGGGUGUGUGGACAGCUGUGGGUUCGAAUAUGUUCAGCUCCA